AAAAGGCCAUCCAGGCCCACGUUCAAAACUUCACGUCGCCAAGCGAUGGCGAUUUCCAAUGGUCGCGCAGCUGCAGCCCUGCCGGUUCUGCUGGUGCUGUUUGCCCUAUGGCAACGCAUGGGCGUCCCCAAUGUAUCACGCUCGGAGACCAGGUCCCUGUCGAUGAUCCAGUUGAAACCCGAGCUUCAGAAGACCACCCUGGAUGCGGAGCAGACUUUCUACGUCCCCGCCUUCGAGCAGCGUCGCAUGCCCGGCGUGGUGCCCGCGGCUUCGUCCAGCGGCUGUCCGCAUGAGGAGGCUGAUUUGAUUCCCUUCGAGGACUUCUUGGAAGGGAAGGAUCCCGCAGGAAAUUUGAUCCUCAGCAGUGGCCGUUACCUGCUGUCCACCAGCCUGACUGUCGGCUCCCUGACGAUCUCCGAGCAAGCGGAGCUGGUGCUGGGUGAAAACUUGGAACUGCAGACCAGGGCCAUUUGGGUCAAAGGAGUGCUGCGCCUGGGAUCUGACAGCUGUCGCCUGCAGAAUCUGGUGAUCACGUUCACCGGCGAUGGCGACAAAGACGCCAGGUCCAGCAACGCGUUGGAGACCAAAGGCUUGGUGGUCUCCGGGGAACUCCACGCCUUCGGCCACCGCUUCCGGCCCACCUGGACGCGUCUGGCGCAAGCUGCGGCGGCGGGAAGCAGCACGCUGCAGCUGAUGGAGGAGGUGGACUGGCAGGUGGGUCAGCAGCUGGUGGUGGUCACCACUGCCUGGACCGACGACCCCGAGGAUCACCAGAACGAGCUGCGAAGCAUCAGCGCCGUCAGCGGCGCGCAGAUCACCCUCUCCGCGCCCUUAGACUUCGACCACUAUGGCGGCCCCGAGUACUUUGCCGAGGUCGCCCUGCUUUCGCGCUCCGUGACCUUCCAAGGUGAUGCGAGUAGCGAGGCGAGUCGCUAUGGAGGACAUGUGAUGUGUGUACCAGGCGCCAAAUGCCAAGUGGCCGGCGUGUUGGGCUUCCGCAUGGGGCAGGAGAAUUUCAUGGGGAGGUAUCCUUUCCAUUUCCACAUGAUGGGCACCGUCAGCGACAGUUUCUUUGAAGACUGCGCCGUGCAGCACAGCUUCUUCCGCGCCUAUACCGUGCAUGGCACGUCCUCCAGUCGCGUCUCCCGCAACGUGGCAUACGACGUCUCGGGUAGCGCCUACUACUUGGAAGAUGGGAACGAGGAGAACAACCUCUUUGACUACAACCUUGCCGCUUUUGUGCACAUCAUCGAUCGGCUCUCCGACUACGAGAAUGGUGGUGGACAAGGAGGCGUCACUGUGCAGACCCAAGCCAGUCGCAUUGUGCCGACCGAUGCCACGGCCGUUGGCUUCUAUUGCACCAAUGCCAAGAACAGAUGGAUCGGCAACAGUGCCUCUGGUGGCUUCUCGGGCUUCCACUUCCCCACCGUGCCACAGGUCUUGGGCGAUAGCGCGGCGGCCUAUCCUAAUUACAAGCCGGAUGAAAUGGAACUGUUGGAGUUUGAUUCCAACACUGCACACUCAUCAGGACGCCUUUGGAGCCGCGGCUCCUGCAUGUAUGUGGGUGGCCGUCUUUGGGAGGAGAAUCCGGGCUCCCAGCAGUACAGCUACAUCACCGGCCGCGCGUCCCCACCACGCUACGGGGGGAAAUUCAUCAUGACCAGAACCAAGGUCUUCGCAUGUCGCCUGGGAGUGCUCUUUUGGGGCACCCAUUGGUCCGCUGGCAAGCCGGACCUGGGCCUAGAAGGUUUCGAGGCUCACGACAUUUCCCGCAGCUCCUCACAGCUGGGAGAUACCUACAUGCACAACGCGGUCAUCAGUGCCUACACUGCCAACACGGCAACUGAUCUCGUGAAAGUAGGAGAUGGCUUCGAGCUGUACGACACGGACAUGCAGACGGUGCUGGCUGACAUCACCUUCCGCAACUACGACCGGCCCAACGAUGUGGCGAUCCAGGACAUGACGCACAGCAACAUCUUCAAACCUCAGGGCAUGUUCCAUUCCGACAAGAUCCGCUUCGAAAACACACCCAUGGAACAUCGCCUGCGACAUGUGGAACGCUUGGCCUGCAAGAGCUACCAUUCUGACAGCUGUCUGAACCGUUGCAGUUUCUGCCCGGGCACCCCGGGCAGUUCUCAAACGGCCAACCUCUUCGAUGUGGAUGGUUCGCUCUCGGGCCUGGGUGAAGCCACCAUCCUCGGCGCGGACGAUGCCGCGGCGGAGACCAACGGCAGGACCAACGAAUGGUGGCGCUUGGAUCCGAGUUGCACCCAAAACACCGACUGGGGCUUUUGGCUUUGUCCCACUCAUGGACACCGGUCCAUCGUGAGCCUUUUCAUCAUGCAGGGCAUCAUGUCCUCUCCUCCGGCGCGCACCAGCUCCGACACUGCCGUGGGGAUGUUGUAUCACUUUGGUCGAACUGAUCGAUAUUUGGACCUGGGAUUGGCCGAAAGCCCAAUGGUCACCGGCGCUUGCUGCGACAUCGGUUGGUUCCUGCAUUUGGACGCCGGAGCGCUGUCAGAGUUGACGAUCUUCAUGGAUCAGAUGGUGGAUUUUGGAGG